CCGGGGCUGAGGAAGGAGGCAGCGGGCACCCGCACUCCCUGUAUUGGUGUGGCAAACCUCUGCCCCUGAUCACACUCAGCUCUUCCCGUUCCCCCAUCUCGGAGCCUGGCCAGCCAGACACUCCAGGUGGUUGCCUCCUCCCUCUCCUGCGAUGUCGGGGAGGAGACUACCUGGAGCCUACACAGGGGCCCCACAGAGCCUGGGGGCCCCCGGCCCCAGAGUGAGGAGGCGGAGGUGCUGCUGACAGGUGCGCAAGCCAUGCUCCCUCACCCCUCCUGCGUCCUUUUCCUCUUCCUCCUCCCCAGCGUCCCCAUGGAGCCCCAGCCCCCAUCCUCCACCCUGCCCCCAUUUCUGGCCCCUGAGUGGGACCUCCUGUCUCCCCGAGUGGCCCUAUCAAGGGGCACCCCUGCCGGCCCCCCUCUGCUCUUUCUGCUGGAGGCCGGGGUGUAUGGGGAACCCGCAGGGGCCUCAGCCAACCGCAGCCGGCGCGGGGUGAGCGAGACAGCGCCCGCGAGCCGCCGGGGUGAGCUGGCGGUGUGCGACGCAGUGAGCGGCUGGGUGACCGACCGGCGGACGGCCGUGGACCUGCGCGGACGCGAGGUGGAGGUGCUGGGCGAGGUGCCCGCCGCGGGGGGCAGCCCCCUGCGCCAGUACUUCUUCGAGACGCGCUGCAAGGCCGAAGGCGCGGGGGAAGGGGGCCCAGGGGUGGGCGGAGGGGGCUGUCGCGGUGUGGACCGGAGGCACUGGCUCUCGGAAUGCAAGGCUAAGCAGUCCUAUGUGCGGGCGCUGACUGCAGACUCCCAGGGCAGAGUGGGCUGGCGCUGGAUUCGGAUCGACACAGCUUGCGUCUGCACGCUCCUCAGCCGGACAGGUCGGGCCUGAGGUCCAGGCCUGAAAUCUGCUCAGGUUGAGGAAAGAAAGGACCUCAGCGGCGGCCUGGCUGCUCUUCCGUGCCUUCUGAUUGGGAACUGAAAUAACCACGGAAUCACAUCUCUCUUACUUUGCGAGCUCAGUCUGUGUGGAAUGUGUGAUGAGAAACCAAAUGGGGUUUCAAGUGAUGAGUAGGAGUUCUCCUGGA